AUGGCGUCGAUUAGUCGAGAAGACGUCCCGACCGUACAGCCGCAGCAACAGGCAUCUGACAACUCAUUUUCCAUAAAGAAUAUUUUGAAUCUUCCAGAAGAACCUAAGGAUGAAUGUGCACAAGUGUUGAAUCGCGAAGAAGACUGUCCGGUGUUUGGAUGUCCUAUCGUCCCUCAAGCUUUCAGACCAGUUGCAUUCAACAUGGAAGGAGCUUUAUCGCCUAUGUACAGUACAACACAGUGGUUAAAUGCAGCGAGACAUUUCCCUCCUUGGUUGCUUGGUACUCGCUUUAUGAGAUUUCUUCCAGGUGUAACCCCUUACCUGCGAAGAAGACGUAAUAUGCGAAAAAGAAAACAAAGACCUUUGUUUACACAAAGUCAAGUGCAGGGAUUGGAACAGGAAUUUACCAGAAACCGCUAUGUGUCUGAAGAAAAACGAGCAGAGCUGGCUUCGACCCUGAAUCUCACAGAAACACAAGUGAAAACAUGGUUCCAAAACAGAAGAACAAAAUGGAGAAAGGAAGCCAGGGACGAAAUGGAAACCGCUUUGAUGGACAGUAAGAGGCGCUGGAGAAACAACCCAGUCGAUAAACAAGAAGUUCUGCCUUCCUCUUCAACGACCAGUCAGUCUAAUUGUGCGACUCAGCAGUCUCAAGAGUUUAUAGAUUUGGACAGUUACAAACUAAAAAUACCUCAGAAAGUUUGA